GAUUCUAGCUUAUCAGAUAGACGGCGGGAGUUCCGGCGGAGACGAUCCAUUCGUUCCGCUAAAAGGCGCGAAACUCAUCUUCCAUUUCUUUUCUCUCUCUCAUGGAGGAUUUCUUCUUCUACAGACAUGUAAAGCUCCUGGCUUUCGAACUCCUUUCCCUCACCCCCUCCUCCUCCGAUCCGCCCACUUUCUCACGCAAAGGCAUGCCCGUCUCGCGGGUUGAAUCCGUCGGUGUAAUCACAUCCCGCGAUUACAAACCCAGCAAAUUUCUCAAGUUCACUCUCGACGACGGCACCGGCUGCAUAUGCUGCAUUCUCUGGCUCAACCACCUCAAUUCCCUGUAUUUCUCGCGCCGCGACCCUGGUGACAUUCAGUUGCUUGCCGACGUGGCCAGACGUUUUGCGGCGGAGGUUCAUAUUGGGAAGGUUGCAAGAGUCCGUGGUAGGAUUGGCAAUUAUAGAGGCGAGGUGCAGAUUACAGUGUCCGAUGUUGUGAUAGAGAGAGACCCAAAUGCGGAAAUGUUGCAUUGGUUGGACUGCCUGAGGUUGUCUCGACAAUGUUACGAUGUUAUGAAGCGUACUAGUAGUAAUUAGAUGAAACCACUUCAAUGGGACCACGACUUGUUCAAGAUUAUGUAUAGUGAAAAAGACAUGUUUUACAAUAACAUUGAUCAAGCCGGACGGAAGGAGGACUUCCCAGAAUAUGAGAUGGAGCCAAGAAGGUUGACCUCAUGAUUUGAUUUGAUGGACAAAAUAAGGGGUGAAGAAGGCUAGGAAAAUGAAAGACAGUGACAAUGUCUGUCUCAAAAGAAUUGGGUGAAAUCAAACUCUCAUUUUCUAUCUUAAUGGUAAAAUGCUUCACAUCAUUUUGGACCAAAUCAAUUUCCUUUCCUUUUCUCCGAAAGAGGGUAUAGAUGUACAAAAAACCUUGCCCAAUUCUUGUUGAUUCAAUAGGAAAUGUUUCCCAAGCUCGUCCUUUGCUAGCUAUUUUGAGUGCAAGAAAAAUCCCAUAUGAAU